AAAUGUGCUUAUUUGUAUUCCACCCUGCGCUAUUGGUAAACCAUUUCUCUGGCUAACCUCAAACUUUUCAAUUAACCUUCAUAACAUUCUCCAGCAGUCGUUGCAUAAAAACAUUUGUGAACCUGAUCCUACGUCAUCAAACGCUGCCGGAAGAAGGUAUGUCACGUGCGGUAGAAACUAGAAAGCUCCAGAUCAACAUGGCGACCUGCAUGAAGAUGCUCGGCGCUGCUGGACAGCUCCACAGAAACUGGGCUAGUUUAAUGAAAUUAAAAUGUCCCGGCAGCAGCAGCGGCAUCAGUCGGACCCUAUGGACCGACACACCCGCACCGAGCCUGCUCCAGCCCCCCCGGUUCUCCUCCAGCUCUCCGCUCAGCUCCGCGAUGACGGCUGGCUGCAGGCUGACCGUCAGACCUCACCGCUGGAUGCGGGUCGGUGCCGUUCUCCAUGGACGGACCGAGCUACUCUCAGCGUACUCUCCACCUUACUGGGUCCAGGACAGGAUGUACGGGAACCGGGCCGGCGGUGCGGGGUUCUCCGGGGACGGAGGGGACAGUACCGGCUCUGGGGGAGAGGAGUCCGGGGGAGAAGGGGGAGUACCGUAUAAUGGACCACAGAUGACGGCUCUCACCCCCAUGAUGGUCCCGGAGGUGUUUCCGAAUGUCCCGCUGAUCGCUGUGAGCAGGAACCCGGUGUUCCCCCGCUUCAUCAAGAUCAUAGAGGUGAAGAACAAAGAGCUGAUGGAGCUGCUGAGGAGGAAGGUUCGUCUGGCCCAGCCGUAUGCCGGAGUCUUCCUGAAGAAAGAUGAUAG